UUCGCUGCAACUUCCACGAUGGAUGAAGAUUUCCCCUACAAUAUUUCCUUGAUAGCCCAACUUCCAGGUCACGAAGAUCACGCCUGGCAUGUUGCUUGGAACCCUACCAAACCCAUCCUAGCAUCAUGUUCGAGUGAUAAAACCGUUCGGUUGUAUGGGUACACACCAUCUGCUGACAAUAUCACGUUCCUCACAUCAAUACCUACGGGGCACACUAAGACCGUACGAGCCAUUGCUUGGGCCCCAUCUGGCAAGACACUCGCGACAGCCUCGUUUGACUCGAAUGUCGGGAUAUGGGAACGGGAAGAAGGAGAAGAGUGGGAAUGCGUGAGUCUUUUGGAGGGGCACGAGACAGAAUGUAAAAGUGUUGGGUAUUCCUCUACAGGGACGCUGUUGGCGAGCUGUAGUCGGGAUAAAUCUGUUUGGGUCUGGGAAGUCCAACCCGAUGCCGACUUUGAAUGUCUAGGUGUCAUCAUGGAGCAUUCCCAAGACGUCAAAUGCGUAGCAUGGCACCCCACCGAAGAGAUUCUCGCCUCUGGAUCGUACGAUGACACGAUCAAGCUCUACGUGGACGACCCAGAAGAUGACUGGUUCUGCUGCGCAACCCUGACUGGCCACAAGUCCACAGUAUGGGCAUUGGCAUGGUCUCCGAAUGGCCAAUACCUCGCCUCGGGGUCGGACGACAAGACGGUGAGGGUGUGGAAGCGAACGGGACAGUUUGAGUUCAAACAGGUGUUGGUCCUGGAAGGUCAUGAAAGGCCGGUAUAUUCCGUGUCGUGGGGAAAAGGAAAGGGAGCGGGAGCGGGAUGGCUUGCUAGUGCCGGUGGCGACGGGAUCAUACGCGUUUGGGAGCUUAUUGAAAAGUCGGACGAUGGGCUCCUGCAACAUAGGAUGAUUGCAAAGCUGGAAUGUGCACACGACGUUUACGAUGUGAAUUCCGUCGUCUGGUGCCCCAGAGCUGGUUUCGAGGAUAUGCUAGCUACUGCGGGUGAUGACGGAGUUUGUAAGGUGUGGAGAGUUACUCCCAGGUAGACAGUAUGUAAAUAUCUUUUAAUGGCACGCGUAUCUGUUUACCUGC